AUGACAUACUUCCGAGGGAUAUUCGAGACCAAUAAUUUGGAUAGCUUAUACGCCAUCGCAUUGAAUUUAUGGUCCAAGAAAGUGUUUGAUUACUACCUCACAAAUCAACAAUUACUUGUACUUGAUCAGAUAUUUAAUGAUCCUCAAAACAAGAAGGAAUUAUUUAAGGCAUUCCUGGACUCCAAGAUAUUUUUGAAAUUCUAUGAAGCUGAGCAUACUGAAAAGGAACAAGAAAAGGAUGAAGAAUCUACACCUGUUGAAAAUGAGAACAAUAAUAAUACCCCAAAGGAUAACAAUCAGGAUUCACAAAAGGAUCAAGAUCAACAACAGCAACCACCACAACAACAAGAGUCCAAUGAAGAGAACCUAAAUGAAUCUACAAUAUCUAAUGGUGUGGAGUCUGCUAGAGCGCUUUCUUUAAAAGUUCGUUAUAUUCUUUGGGAAAAAGCUAUUGAUUUUUAUUAUGACAGUGAAGGUAAAAAUAUUGAUGAGUAUGAGAUCUUUGAAAAUGAAGAACCUGAACAACCUAAAGUUGAAGUAUCAACAAGUAUUGAACCAGCAAGAAAAAUUGAUGAAGAUGAAGAUUAUGAUGAUGAUGAUGAAGAUGAGGAAGAGGAAGCUGGAAAACCAAAUGAUAAUGAGCAAGAUGAAAAAAAUCAAGAAACAAUCACCAGAGAUCAAGAUGAAAAUGGAAACAUCAUUUUAGAAGUACCCAUUGCUCAAAAUGAUACUAGUCAACUGGAUAAUAAGAUUCUUAUUGAUAAUUUCAAUAAAAUUUAUCAUAAUUUUGAAAAUGAUCGUGAAACUUUAAUUAAAAGAAGAAAAUUGGAAGAAAAUGAUAAAUUACUACUGGAGGAUCAAAAUACAGGUUCAAUAAAGGAUACUUUCGCAAUGAACCUUGGUGCUGCUAAUCUUUCGUUAAAACAUUUAUUACAAUCAAUUGAUGAUAAUAAAGAAAAAUUAAAUCUACAAGACAAUGAGUUAAGACAAUUAAUCAUGGAUGUUCGCAAAAAUAGAUCAAAAUGGGCUUCUGAUGAUAAAAUUGGACAAGAAGAAUUAUAUGAAGCUUGUGAAAAAGUUGUCAUGGAACUAAGAGGUUAUACUGAACAUUCAACUGCUUUUUUAAAUAAAGUUAGUAAAAGAGAAGCUCCAAACUAUGCUCAAGUAAUUAAAAAACCAAUGGAUUUAAACACUAUUUUGAAAAAAUUGAAAAAUUUCCAAUAUAAAUCCAAAACAGAAUUUGUUGAUGACGUUAUGCUUAUUUGGAAAAAUUGUUUAACUUAUAAUUCUGAUCCAAAACAUUUCCUAAGAGCUCAUGCAAUUGCAAUGCAAAAAAAAUCAUUAACUUUGAUACCAAUAAUACCUGAUAUCACCAUUAGAGAUAGAUCUGAAGUGGAGGCUGAAAAUGAAGAUCCAUCAACUCCUGCCCCAUCGGGCGGCGCCAUGUCAAGUAAAACAACAUCUAAAAAGGGUAAGAAAAGAACAAGAUCUGGUGAAGAGAAAGAUUCACAGAGUCAUACUUCAACACCUGCACCUUCAAAUCUUCAAACAACAGCUGCUGCUGCUAAUACUUCACAAAUACUGCCCGCUGAUACAACUGAAGCUGAAGAAGAGGAUCAAGGUGAUUCAAAUGAAUAUUUAAAUCAAGAAGAUAAUGAUAAGGAUGAUUUGGAAAUUCAAACUUGGAAAAAUUUAACUGCAAAGGCAAGAGCUGAUUUUUGUAUGAAAAGAUCUGAUUUAUUUAAAGAUAAUAAAUUGAAUUCAGAUAGUGAAGCAAUACUGAGAGAUUCUAAAAAAAUGAAUAAUUUCCAAUCAUAUCUUAAAAAUUAUUCAGAAAAUAAGAAACAUGUUAAAAGUUCACACAAUAGAUCCCAGGAAGAUGAUCCUUAUCUAAUAGAAUAUGAUGUUACUGGUGGGUUUCCUUCAUUACCAUACAAAGGUGUUGAUGAUGAUGAGUUGGAACGUCAUGAAUCUAAAUUGAUUGAUGAAGUUAUACAGAAAGGUUUGAAACCUUCUCCAUUUGCCCCAAUAGAUGGUGGGUUAAAUAAAAUUAUCAAUGAAAACAUUGAAGAAAUGCAAGAAAUAAGGAAAAUUUGUUUUAAAAUUUCAUUGAUUAGACAAAUGCAACAACAACAAUUUGUUCACCAUACACAAUUAAAACCUCCAGAGAUUGAAAAAAUUGAUGAUUCAAUUGAUAUUGAUCCUGUUUCAAGACUAGAGAACCAUGAUAAAUUGAAUAAAGAAUUGAUUUAUUUUGUAAUGAGGAAAAGAAUUGGGAAAAUUGCAAUGCAGAAUGGAUUCGAGUCAACUGAAUUAUUUGCAGUCGAUACAUUGACUCAAAUUGCUGGUGAUUAUAUGGAUAAUUUGGUUAAAUCAAUAAAGACUCAUUUAGAAACUCCAAGUAUAAAUAAAAACCAAAAGGAGAAGAAUGUUUUAUUGUUGUCAUUAUUACAAAAUGGGUUGAACAAACCAGAUGAAUUACAUACCUAUGUCACUGAAAACAUUCUAAAGCAGAAUGGGAAAUUAAAAGAUUUGAAAAUUAAAAUAUCAGGGUUUUUAAAAGCUUUAUUAAGACCAGCGAUUGAAAUGACUGAAAAAAAUUUCACUGAUAAUAGUGAGCAGUUCCUGUCUGGUGAUUUCUCAAAUGAAAUUGGUGAAGAUUUCUUUGGGUUUAAAGAAUUAGGUCUUGAUAAAGAGUUUAGUAUGUUGGGUAAUUCUAUCCCAUUACAUUUACUACAAUCAAAAUUCAAUGAAGCAAAUAGUAUUGAUGAUCCAAAGAAAAUCCAUCGUGAAGAAUUUGAAAAUGCUCCUUUCAAAAGAUUAUCUCAAGAUGAUAUAGAGAAGGAAAUUCAACUUUUACAACCAUUUUUACGUGAUUGUUUGGCAAAGACCAAGCAUUAUCAUACCAAACAAAUGAAAUCCAAGAGAGAAAUUAACGAAUAUUUGAGUGAAGCUAAAGGUGUGAUCAUCCUGGAUGAUGAAGAUUAUCCUAAAAAACCAUCAAAACCAAAACUUCCACCAACUGGUAAAAUUACACCUUCAAAGAAGAAAAUUACGCCACAAACUUUCUUUUUACCUGAAGAAGAUGAUAAAAAAAAUGGUAUCAAAUCUGAAUUAGGAGUCCCUGUUGCUUUGUCGCCAAUUGCAGAAAGCUAG